GGCUUUUAAUUCUAGUAUUUCUUUCCCUGAAGGAAUGUUUGCCCAUGUUUCUUAAACCCUGAGGAAAAUUCUUCUGAACUACAAGAGAUUAAGAGAGUUAACAGAGAUUUUCAGGCUGAAGCCUUACAGCUGAUCAACAGCGGUCGGUACGAAAAGCGUGAGGACUUUGCAGUUGUCAUGCAGCCGUUUUUCCGAAACACAUUGGUGCCCCUGAAUAGUAACAACAAGCCGGAUCUGAGUUUCUUUGCUACAGACUGCUUUCACUUCAGUGCAAGAGGCUAUGCUGAGAUGGCCACGGCUCUCUGGAAUAAUAUGCUGGAGCGAGUUGGUGAAAAGCAGACUUAUAACAACUUUACACAUGACAGAUCAAAACUCAAGUGUCCAAACCCAGAGAAACCCUUUCUUUCCACGCUGAGAAAUAGUGGAUUCCGAAAUUCAGAUCUCAACUUGGAGAAAACCGAACCGUCAGUCCCCUACUGGGCUGUCAUUGUGGCUGCAGUAGCUGGAGUCCUGGUGGGUUCUUUACUCAUCUGGAUUGUGUCAGGAAGAAGAGCCAAGAGGCACCGACAUGAGGUUGACACAGAAAAGAACAUUAAAACAACACCUCUGUAA